CUGCUGCAAGCAGCGACUCCGCGUGCUCGAGCGAGCGAGCGAGAGAGAGAGAGAGAGAGAGAGAGAUGGGGGACGCCCACGCGAAGCGGGUGCUGCUCACCGCCACCGGCGACGCCAUCUCCUGGGGGAUCGCCUCUAACCUCGCCAAGCACGGCUGCAGGUUGGUUUUGGUGGGCGAUGAGGACUCGCUGGCCGCGACGGUGGAGGAGGUGCGGCGCUGCGGGGGUGGAGGCGUCGCGGUGGUGGGGCUGGACUUCGAGUCCUGCGACGAGGCGGCCGUAGACGCGGCAGUGGAUCGGGCGUGGCGCUGCUUCGCCGGACUGGACGCCUUCGUCAACUGCUACUCCUACGAGGGGGAGGUGCAAGAUUGCCUCAGCAUAAGUGAAGAUGAGUACAAGAAGACCAUGAAAGUAAAUGUGACUACACCUUGGUUUUUAAUGAAGGCGAUUGCAAAGCGGUUCCGGGAUACAAAAUCUGGUGGAUCUGUUGUGUUCUUGACUCAGAUUAUUGGUGCUGAGAGAGGAUUAUAUCCAGGUGCUGCAGCUUAUGGUACAAGCUUAGGAGCUGUUCACCAGUUGGUCCGACUGUCUGCCAUGGAGCUCGGCAAGCACAAGAUAAGGGUGAAUGCAGCUUGUCGCGGUCUGCAUCUGCAGGACAAGUUCCCGGUCUCUGUGGGUAAGGAGAAGGCUGAGAAGGCAACCGCACAGGUAAUGCCCCUGCGGAGAUGGUUGGAUCCGGAUAAGGACCUGGCAUCCACGGUGCUGUACCUGGUCGGGGAUGAAUCCUGCUACAUGACGGGCACAACAAUAUACGUCGAUGGCGCACAGUCCAUCGUGCGGCCGCGUAUGCGCUCCUACAUGUAGCCAGGCGAGGACAUAAUGGUAGAUCAGGAACGUGCAGAACGGCAGGAUUUCUUCUUCAUCAUGAGGAGCCGAUUGCUCAUCUGGAUGUAUAUACCAUUUGUGUAGUUAUGAUUUGCAUAGGGUGGAUUGAUUGGGUAACCAGUUAUGAAGUAAUAAAAUAUGGUAUCAUUGUUGUUGAUUGGGUACAAAUUAUUUCAGUUGCAUUCCACGAUUUGGAAUUGCACUGGAGGGUGGAUUUACUCUGGAUA